CACAUACACACACAUACUCCCACACAGACACUCACACACACCACACCGGCCAGCAAUAGGCUAGUGCUUCCCAACGAAGACACAGAUCUGAGACAGAGAGAGAGAGAUCAGGAUGGGUGUUACAGGAGAAACGAAGGAGGACGAGGCUGUGUAACACACAGCACUGAAAGAUAAAGCGAGGGUGGGUGAGCAGACUGGAGGAGAGGAGAGGACAGACAGCACCAGCCUCAGCAGGUUUGUGAGGGAGAAGGAGAGAGGGAGAACUAGAAGAUAAAGAGCUUGUGAUGUUGCGUGGGGAUGAUGCUGAAUAUCAGCGCCGCUAUCACACUCUGGGCAGUAACACACGCCGCCUCUCUAACCCCGACAUGGAGGCGUUUGCUAAGCUCCACAAGAGCGGCGAGACGGAGCAUCAGAGGAACAAAUACCCUCCGCAGCACGCCGCCACGCUGGUCAACACCAACUGUGCACGGCAGCAGCAGCCACAUUACUGGAGUUUUAAGGCGCGGACUCCACGCAGCGCCGCGGGGCUGCAGCAGCACUCACUGGGUGAGCAGGUGGGAGGGCGAGUGUGUUAUGCAUCUGCGGAGAAUUUGGAAAGCAUGGCCGAUGCUGAGCUGCCGCUGGGCUUCAGUCGCUCCAACAUCCUCAGACAGAGUCUUCCACUGUCACGAUCGCCCAGCCAGGCUAAACUGAGAGCACCGGCGGUGUUGUUUUUGCAGUUUGGUGACGAGACGCGGCGGGUGCACAUCACUCAUGAGCUGACCAGCAUGGAGACGCUUCACGCCCUCAUCGUGCACAUGUUCCCUCAGAAACUGACGAUGGGUGCAUUGCGUUCGCCCGGCACAGCUCUCCUUAUAAAGGAUGAGGCACGCAACAUCUUCUACGAGCUGGAGGACCCUCGUGACAUCCACGACCGGUGUCUCAUCAAGAUCUACUGCAGAGAGGCUCCGCUACGAGACACACACUACAAUGCACAACACACAGCCCACGCCGUACACCACACACACAUCGCCAACGGAGACCUGCGGAGAGAGCUGGUGUACACCUCGAGGGAAUCCUCUCCCACGCGGCGUUUAAACACACUCCCGUCUUCCUCUCCUCCCUCUGGAUCUCCGUCACGCUCGCAAUCACGUCUUUCUUACACAGGUGGGCGUCCGUCCUCUUACGCGGGUCCCCAUGCCUCACCUCAGCUCCACCCCUAUCAGCAACACCACGCCCACCCCGGAGGCCACGCCUCCCAGCAGGCUGGCCACUCCCACCCUACAUUUUGCUCCUCCCCAAGUGCCAUUCUAGAACGCCGUGAUGUGAAGCCAGAUGAGGAAAUUACAUCAUCCUCGAAAAGUGUGGUGUUGCUAAAAAACGAAGCGAUAUACGCAGACCCAUACACGCUCGUCCAGGAUCCUCGGCUCAGCGUUGCCUCGCCGCAAGCUCUGGCAUACCGCCGUGGGUCUGUGCGCUCUAUUGGUGGCUACCCUGCUGCGGCAUUGCAAUGUGAGCUCGAGGGUGCCAUCUACAGGCCCGGCGGUCCUAUAUAUGCAGAUCCAUAUGCUGCGAUGGGCUUCCGCACCCUACCUCCAGCCUCGCCUCAAAAACUGUCCGAUGGCAGGGAUCCGUAUGGCAGCCAUCCGGGACGAGGGUCCCCUGGGAGACAUGGCUUUCGUAAAGAUGGCACUGUGUACAUAGAGAGUCCAAAGAAUCGUCCAGGAGGACCACCUCUGGAGCAGAUAUGUAUGCUUGGGGGCCCCGGAGGAGACGGAGGGCCAUUACCAGUGUACGGCUCAACAUUACCUGGUAAUGAAGAGACCAGAGAGCGCAUGGAGGCCAUGGAGAAGCAGAUAGCCAGUUUAACCGGAUUAGUUCAGAGCGUUUUGACCCGAGGCCCAGACAGCCCUGAGAAAGCAGAAACAGCAAGCGACUGCUCUGCACCAGAGAUGUCAUCACCAUCUGCUCCUCUGGCUCUGAUGCCGCCUCCGCCCACUGCAGCCUCUCAGCCAAUAGCAAUGUCCCGUUCACAAAUGCAGCUGCACCUUACUGACCUGCAGCAGCACACAGCUGAGCUGCGCAAACAGCUGACACAACUGCGCCAGUUACAGUUGCAGAAUCAGGACUCCGUUCAGGUAAUACUGAGGCAGACGGAGUCUGAUUUGGGGAUGUGUCUGAUCGAAGCGUCUCGCACACAAGAAGAUCCAUUACAGCGUCAGCGUCUUCUUGUUGAAGAAGAGAGGCUACGCUACCUUAAUGAAGAAGAACUUAUUAUACAACAAUUACACGAUCUUGAGCGCUCGGUGGAGGAAAUGAGGAUGGGGGCGGGGCUUAACCAUCACCUGGUGACAGAACAGGAAAUAGAACAGAAGAGUCUGGAGCUCAGGAGACUGGGAGAGACUGUCAGUGACCUCAAGAAUCAGUUCCCCAAUUUACAAAGUAAGAUGCGUGUGGUGUUGAGGGUGGAGGUGGAAGCCGUCAAGUUUCUGAAAGAGGAACCUCUCAGACUGGAGGCCCUGUUGAAACGCUGCAGAAACAUCACCAAUACACUCGCUCUACUACGAAGGCAGGUGUCAGAAGGUGUGUGGAGGACACCCGAUGACUUCAGUAGUUCAGUUUCCAGUGCAAGUGACACUGACUUCAGCAGGAGCUCCGAUCUAGAUAUUCUCGCCAGCCCUUCUCUGAAUCUGCCUGAUUUAGGAUGCACCUUAUUGGGCACUGGCACUCUUUCUUCCUCCCUGGGCACUAAUACCUCAAAUCCCGGCCUGACGAGUGCUUCUAGUAUAGGAUGUACCACUAGUCUGUCGAACGUGCUUGGCUCUGCCGUUGGUGCCAGUAUGAGCAGCAGUGGUAUUCCAGGGAGCACUACGCUGGGUAACUGGCUGGCAGGGGCCGGGGUGACAGAUCCCAUCAUGCCUGAACUGGACGGCACCUCAACAGGGCCAAUAAAGACCAGCGGCCUGGAAGAUCUGCCCGCACGUAGAGAGUCUGACAAAGGAGUGUCUGUGGAAGUCCGACUGGCUGCAGAGCGAGACUGGGAGGAGAAGAGAGCCAGUUUAACUCAGUUCAGCGCUCAAGACAUCAAUCGUCUGUUGGAGGAAACUCAAGCCGAGCUGAUGAAGGCCAUUCCAGAUCUGGACUUCGCCGCCAAGCAGAUCACCAAACCGGCUGUACCGCCAAAACCCCAGCUGUCCUCCCUCCCAGCACCUGGUUCAGCCUCCUCCACUCCUACCUUAACACCUGAACAUCAGCCCAGCAAAACCCCACCGAAACCACCCAGCAAAGACGGCAUCCCACACAGGGGAUCAGGGGAGUUGACUGUGCCACGGUAUCGCACAGAGAAGCUGUCCAAGUCUCCGCCCCCUCCUCCUCCACGACGAAGUUUCCCAUCAGGUCUUGGGCUCACGACCAACAGCAGUGGAGAAGUUAUCACCGUGAACAAGAGUUUGAAGAAAUUGGAGAAGAUAGAGAACAGAGACGAGGCUGAAGUACCGACUCAAUCCCAGACACCUCCAGUCAAACUGAGACGCCCAUCGACCUCGGACGGGCCCCGACCUUCAUCCACACCUCCAGUCAUCGCUGCUUCUGGGAUGAAGGAAGAUGAAGAUGAAGAUGAGAAGAUAAUGGCAGAACUAGAGGCAUUUCAGAGAGUCCCAGCGAGACUGAGGGUCACUGCUGCGCCCCAAAGCCCUGCUGAGGUCACUCCUAACGGUGUUGACAGGGCAGGCCAGUGGAUCAGCAACUCUCUGUGGAGAGAGCCUGUAGGGACUCCUCCGGGCUCCGCCAAACUGGUGCAGCCGUCUGCGGCGUCCCGUCUGCGGCACCUGCAGCAGAGCAGCCUGGAGCGCAGGAGCAGGAAACAGCAGGAGGAACUCCCAAAGCUCCAGCAGGGUCAGCAGCAGGUAUUCCACUUCUAACAAUAGCUGCGCCCUGCUAUCGGCCGACUGACGCUCGCUCUCGCUGACUUUACCUCUGCUCUGCGCUGAAAGGCAGGAGUCAGAGCUGUGGUUCAGUGCAGACUCAUCCGUCGACUCUGAUGACUGUAACACCUGCAGCCGAGCUCUUGCUCCCAUAUAAGCUGCUACUGUACGUCUCCCAGUUGUUGCACAGAUGUUAUGGUUUUCCACUGUGCGAUGGGGUUCAGUGUGCACAAGUGCUCUGUUGUCCCCCAUAUGCUCACAGAUUAUGUAUUUUUCUCUUCCAUGCUACAUUAACUUUUCUUCCAGAACAAAACAGCACAAUAUAGUGCAUCACAAUGUCAGGGAACGACACCAAAGGACAGUCGCUAUAUUUCUCUCAGUUUGUAGCUUGUUUCGAGGAAAAAGUUGACAUUUUAGGCGAAUUUUAUGUUGCGCCAGUGCACAGAUGCGAAAUCAGUUCUCACAUACAUUAUCAUUCAAGAUUAUGGGGUUUGUUAGCUUUUUAAUGUGAUUGAAAGUCGCUUUUGCUCACCAAGGCUGCAUUUAUUUGAUCAAAAUAAAUUUGUUAAUAUUAUUACUAAUUAAAAUGGCUAUUUUCUGUUUGAAUAUAUUUAAACAUGUAAUUUAUUCUGUAUUUUCAGCAUCAUUACUCUAGUCUUUAAUAUGCUGAUUUGCUACUUAAAAACAUUUCUGAUUAUUUUCAGGUGAAAAUGCUGCUUGAUAUUUUUGUGUAAACCAUGGUUCAGUUUAUCUUCGGGUUCCUUGAUGAAUAGAAAUUCCAAAAGAAAAGCAUUUAUUUCAAAUAUAAAUUUUUCAUAAAAUAAGAAAUGUUUUUAAAGUCACUUUUGAUCAAUUUAAUGCAUCCAUGCUGAAUAAAAGCAUUCAUUUCUUUCUACAUUUUUAAACUGUAGUGUACUUGCGUAGAUUCUUUUUUUAGACUUUAAUGUCCUUGAAUGUUUCAGAGAGGAUGUUGGCAUCUCAGUGGCGUUCAUCUAAUUGCCAAUGAAGUCAUAAUGACGCCAGCUAAGACCUUGUCCUUGUGCCAUCUUUGAGUUUUCCUUUCACUUUUUAUCUGUAAUUUUUAAGGAACUAUACUGGUCUGAAGCACUAUUUUUUGAAGAGUACUCAAGCGGUCAGAUCCCAGCCCAAAGAAGCUUUUGUGCUGUGCUUAUGACAGGACAGGUCAAGGUGAGAUGGCAUACGUGACCUAGAUACUUCCUGACAUUGUCACGUGAUGCUUUAAUGUGUCAAAGCUUUUGAAAGAUCGGUCAGGAAAGAGAAGGAACUGGAGAUGAGACGUUUGCUUUGAUCAUGGUCAGGUUUAGCUAGCUACCAACCUGGAAAAAAAAGGCAUUUAUUGUAGGAUAUGUUGACGUGAACGUGAAAUUAGUUUUUUUUUUUUUUUUUUUCAUUUUACUUUCUUAACCUGACAUCCAACAGUUGAGAUUUUAUCCAUAGAAGUUGAUAAUGCAUACUAAAUCAUGGACAAAAGGAUCAGGAAUGUGUAUUUAAAAAGUAAACAAGGUGAAUUUUUAUUUUUACAGACAAAACAACUAAAUAGUGCGUAAAAAAAAAAAAGUAAAUAGGGUAAAUUUUUAUCUUAAUUUAUGAUUAUUUGAAACAAAACUGCUACAAUCAUUAAUAAAACAGACCAGGAAUGGGUGCUAAGUUUAUGCUUAUUUGACUGCUUCUAAUUUAAAGUCCCUUAAUGUUCAAAAUCUGAUCAAAUAAUGUACAGAAGAGUGAAGAGGAAAGAUGAGACCGCAGUGUUGCUGUCGUGUGGCACAGUCUCUAUCUGUCAGAUACUCGCAAAGUCAGCGCUCCCCAAAAUCCAUCCUCAAAGCACAAGAGGAGAGAGAUUUGUGUGCAAACCCUGAAGGAAGGAAGAGAAAAAUUGGAUGGAAAGACUGAGAAAAGGAAGAGAUAAGACGGUGAUGUUUGGUUUCUUCUGCUCUCUCUCUCUCUCUUUCUCUUUCUCAGUCCUGCAGGGUUAAUCGACAGACUAUAAGCUCAGCGUAGGCUCCGAGUUAGCCAGCCCGCUGCAGACUCUCUGAUCCACUCCAGGGGAAAAGAAAUGUCUCCCAAAUGAAAAUAGUAGAAUUGGCAGUGACAUGACUGCAAGGUUAGAUGUUUUACAGACAAGCCAGUUAAAGGAACAGAUCACCUAAAAAGGAGAAUUGCCAUUUUCUCACCCUCAUGUUGUGCACGACUUACUUUCUUUUGUUGCAGAAGAAAGGAGAUAUUUAGAAGAAUGUCUGAGCUGCUGUUUUGGAGGUGAGACUUAUUGCCAGGUUCCAUAAAGAACAAAACAAAAAUGACAAAGCUAAUUGCAACUUUAUAUCUUUAUAAGAAAAAAAAUCUGAAUUGCAAGAUUUAAACCGAUGUUUCUGAUGUUUAAAAAAAUCUAAUCUCAGAAUUUAGAGAAAAAAAAAAUCUGAAUUGUUUAAUGUUUAGAAAUAUUUAGAAAAACACGAAUUGCAAGUUGUACACUUGGAAUUUAGAAAAAAAAAUCUAAAUUGUGAUGUGAACAGAAUUCAGAGAAAAAAAAUCAGCAAUAUUUAAACUCAGAAUUCAGAAAUAAAUGUCCGAAAUGUAAGAUUUCAACUCAGAAUUUAGAGAAAAAAAAAUCUGAAUUGCAAGAUUUAAACUGUAUCUGGUGCUUAAAAAACAAUAAUUGCAAGAGGUAAACUUCGAAUUAAAAGAAGUCAAAAUUGUGACACGAACAGAAUUCAACAUUUAAACUCAGAAUUCAGAGAUAAAUGUCAGAAUUUCAAGAUUUAAACUCAGAACUAAAUCCUGUGUUUGCACUAUGUCUGUGCUCUUUUCUGCACUGGACGCUCCUGUUGCCAAGUCAAAUUCCCUGUCUGUGUAAACACACUUGGUAAUAAAACUCAGAAUUGUGAAAAGUCAGAAUUGUGCUUCCAUACAAAACAGCUCCAUAACAGCACUAUAAAUGCAGAAAAAGGCAUAGGUUUGAAUCAACACUAGGAUGAGUAAAUGACAGGUGCUGUCUGUGACUGGACGAUUCCUGAACAGACAAUCACCGUGGCAACAGUGGAAUGAGACAAGCAGCCCCUCUAUAGCAACCACCAGAGUCUGUGAUACCUGCAUUCCCACGCACCGAGAAACUGCAGCUGCUCUCUUAGUCCGAUUUAAUUCAUCUGGAUAUCUUGAAGAUUUGUGGUUAUAUUCUCAAUGGAAUAAUAGCAUGCAUAAUCCGUUCCUGUAGCUCAAACACUGAUAACAAAAUGUACAAUUAUUUGGAUAAAAGUGUCUGUCAAAAGCAUAAAUCUAGUGGUAUACUGUAUGCUGACUAUAUUUAUGCAUUUAACAUUUGAAUCUAAAUCAAGAAAACUUAAAAAUUAUUCAAAGAAGCACUGCUGAUAAAUAUAUAUAUAUAUAUAUAUAUAUAUAUAUAUAUAUAUGUUUAUGUAAUGAUAAUAUAAUAUAAAUAAAACAAAACUCUCGCUGCAAAAUUUAAGUAUUGUUUAUAUAGUUAUAGUAUUUUGUAAUUUAUGUGAUUUUAUUUUUUUAUUUCUACCGAGCUUGAAUUUUCAUGUUUAGAAUUGUAUUACUUCAAUUCAUAAUUAAACUUUUUUUUUCAGCUAGUUGCCAAUACAAUAUUCCUUAAAAAAUACUUAAAAUAAUUUCUACUUUUUUUUUUAAAUAUUUUUUUUUGUGGUUGUUUUAUAUUUCUAUUUGACCGUAUUUCCAUUUUAGUAAAAGUUUUGACAUUUUAGUACUUUAAUAAAGCCAAUAUAAUGGCUUUAAUUUAUUUUAGUUUUGUUUGAGUCACUGUAUUACAUAAGUCUAUAAUUAAACUUAAAUCUAAACUUUGAUUUUUCAUUGAUUUAGUGUUAGUUAUACAGCAAUACUUACGUAUGCUACCAUAGUCAUGUCACUUAAUGCACUUCAAACAGUCUUUUAUUGUGAAUGGCACAUCUGUAAGUGAGCUGGAACUUGAUAGUAUUUGCUCUAAACUAAAUACUAAAUAAAUUCCCCUUUUUGUUUUGUCACAGCUAGUGGCCGAUUAAAAACGCUGCUAAGACAGCAGUACUGUACAAGCCAGAGUUUGUUCUCUAAAGGCAUUUACACAUUGGUUUUCUUCUAAUACCCUUCUGGAAGGGUCUCUAAUCUUCCCUUGACUGUGUGUGCGCUCAGACAGCUGUCUUGAUCAGCGCCGACAGCAGAUCAGUCUCGUCUGUGUGCUUCACUGCAGUCUCAGCCACAACAGGACACAGUUCCCAGUCAUCAGUCAAUGCCCAACAGCUCCGGCUUUGUUCCCAGGCAAAGGUCUGGCUAAUUUGGCCCAGGACCGAGUGCGGCAGGCCGUCAUCUCCCGGAAAGAGAGUCCGCAUUCGGGCUUAAUGGGAGGUCUGUGCCAUGAAUCGUACAACAGACUGUCUGGACGCUCGCUCUGCUGACCGUUUUGGCUCCGAGAGGGCAAACACAGAAGGCUGUGAAGAUUCAGUGUUUGAAGGGAUUAUUUAUUCUUGAAAGGUCAAAUUGUUUGUUGGCCGUGAGUGAGAAAUGCUGGAACUGGGAGUGUUUGUGUGUCAUUUUCUGGGGCUCUUUCAGCGGUUAGCUUGUGUCCCAGGGGUGUUGAAGGACUCUGCUGUAGAUAUUUAAUAAGGUGAAUGAAAUCGUGCUUGUAGAGACGCUCUCAGCGCUGCUUUCGCUGAGUGCCCUUAAACAAACCGAGUGCUGUGAUGUGGAAAAAUGAUUCAGCUUGAUAUUCUGAGCUGUGUUAAUGCUGCUGUUGUGUACUUUUGAGCUUAGAUUGCUCGUUUGUUAGUGAAUCAUCUACAUACCAGUCAAAUAAAUGUUAGAAAGAAGUCUCUUAUGCUCACCAAGAAUGGAUUUAUUUAACUAAAAAUAUUGUAAAAACAGUUAAAUAUUAUUACCAUUUAAAAGUACAAUUUUCAAUAGCAAAAUAUUUUAAAUUGUAAUUUAUUUCUAUAAUGCAAAGCUGAAUUUUCAGCAUCAUUACUCCAGUCUUCAGUGUCACAUGAUCCUUCAGAAAUCAUUUUAAUAAGCCAAAUCGCUGCUCGGGUAUCAGUAACCAUAACUGGUUCUUGUUAUUAUGUGUUGAAAAAUCAGUGAUUUUGCUGCUCAAUAUUUUUGGCGAAACUUUGAUGCUUUUUUCUUUGAAUAUACUGUAAAGUUCAAAAGAACAGCAUUUAUUUGAAAUAUAAUUCUUUUGUAACAGUAUAAAUGUCACUUUAGAUGAGUUUAAUGAUCCCAAAUGUAUUAAAUUAUACUGUAUCAUGAUAUUGUUUGCAUAAAAAUAUGACAACAGCUUUCAACAUCGAUAAUAAAAUGUUUCUUCAGCAGCAAAUCAGAAUAUUAUCAUGAUUUCUGAAGAUCAUGUGACACUGAAGACUGGAGGAAUGAUGCUGAAAAUACAACAUUGCAUCACAGAAAUAAAUUACAUUUUUAAAUAUAUUCAAAUAGAAAACAGUUAUUUAAAAUUGUAAUCAUAUUUUACAAUUGUACUGUUUAUACUGUAUUUUCAAUCAAAUAAAUGCAACCUUGGUGAGCAGAAGAAACUUAUUUAUUCCAGACUUUUGAAUGAUAAUGUACUUUUUUAUAAAAGUAAAUACAAGGCAUUCUAACACAGUGCCACAGAAAUCGCUAGCUUGUUUUUGCGGUUGCAUCUAGUUUAAGAACUCGAAUUAGAAUGAUUUCAGCUUUUUGCCACCUGGCUUCAUUUUCUAUCAUCAGCCUCAAUAGAUGGGUCAGUUUAGACACAUUUUGACAUACUGUGUGUGAAUUUGGUUUCUCCUCCUUUGGUGGCAUAGAUAAUGUCUCUCUGCCCUUCACCAGACAAUAUUUUAAAUCAAAAUCUGAAUAUUAACAUGAUCGCAGAUGGUGUGUUUUCCUGUUUAUCACCCUGUACCCGAGCACACUGAUAUAUCUCAUACUUCAUAUUAAACAGUGUUAUUUAAGUAUCAUUUAUAUACUAUUACAGUAUUUAUUCAUCUUUAGUUUAAGCAUUUUAUGUUUUUUUAUAUAUUUUAAGUUUUGAUUUUAGUUGUAGUAAUGAUAUGCUUUGGAAAUAUUAUGAAAAAAAUGAUAAAAGUGUUAGCAUUUUAUGUUAGUCUUUUCAUUUCAAUUCCAUUUUUACUAAUUUUAGUACUUCAGCAUAUUUUGCCUUUCAUAUAUAUUUUAUAUAUAUAUUAUUUGUUUUAUUUAAAGUUCAAUAUGGUUGGUUUUAGACCUUUUCUUUAGCUUACAAACUGUACUUUGAAUUGAUAAUCUCACAUUCGUGCUUGUUUUAACAUAGACUAUCACAGUAACAAUGAGGAAAGACUGCCUCCUGCUGGCCAUUACAUGUAUGACAAAAAGAGGAAGGCAAAGGCACACUUAAGUCUUCCUCAGUCUAUGCAUUACUAUAGGUUUAGUUGACCUGUAAGAAAGGUUGCACUGCAGAUGACAAUGUACUAAUUAUUCUUUCUUUUUUUUUCUUUUAUCCACUCACCCGUCCUAACUUGCUUGUAUUUUAUCCUCAGUCCAUCCUUUCCUGACCUCUUCUUAUUAUGCUGAGGUUAUAAUAGCCCAGUGCAUUUCCCUCUAUAAGUAAAUUUAGUUAUAACAGCACACUUAGUUGUAAAGGAUGUUUCAUAAAGGAAGGAAAGAUAGUUUAAUUCCAAUUUCCUCAGAUUGUUCUAGCAUAUCCAAUUAUUUUAUUUUGCACUGGCAUGUUGACUAUCAGCCUCCAAGCCCUGAGUGGUCCUACAUGCCCCCCCUUUUACCCUGAGAUCUGAUCCUGUCUAAGGUGAACACUUCAUGGCGACUAUGACCCUAGAAACCAGGGACGCACAGGUGACCUCUGAACCUAAAUCAUCUCCCAGCUAAAGCACAACACCUCAUUACUGAAGAGCUUUGUCCAAGGUACGAGUCUAAUUGUAAUUUCAUAGUAAAGCUAGUCAUAAUAAUGCAAAUAACAGCCAGUUUAUGUACACUGAAUAAUCAAUGUAAUCUAUAUAUGGUAAAUAAAACAUGAAGCAGUUACAAUCUCCUAUGUAAACAAACUUAUGGCAAUAUUUUCUAAAAAUAUUUUAGGGUGAAUCUCAUUAAUACAUGCACAGAUCACAUUUUACCGCAAAAUGUAAAAAUAAAAAUGCAUUUUGCAAAAAGAAAAUCAAGCUUCUUUUUAGGACUUUUAAAGGACUAUUAAGAUGUUUUACACUUAUUCAUGCCAAUUUAGCAUAAUUUACCACAAAAUAACCUAAAUGCAUCCUCAUUGCAAUAAAUAUAUAUAUAUAUAUAUAUUUGUGUGUGUGUGUGUGUGUGUGUGCGUUUCUCAUUGGUGCUUUAUUUUUAAAUUCACAUAAGUGCAAUAUAGUAAUUUAACUUAAACAUUUAAUACAUUUUUAUUUUUGUAAAAAUUCAUCCAUUUUUUUAUUUAACAGUAACUUGAUUAGCAAGUUUAAUAAUAAAUAUAGUAAAUAAUAAAUAUAGCAAAUACAUAUUUAAUGCAAUUAGCAUUUAAGUAAUUCAUAAUAUAUUCAAUAUAUUUUUUUAAAUGUAUUUUUGGGGCAUUACAGUAAAUAUAAUUUAGAAUUUCUUUGUUUAUAUUUUGAGGUGAAAUAUGACCCGUUUCAUGAGAUUCACCCUUUAGCUGACGUGUAGUUUGGGUCCAUUUUAGAUAGAAGAAUAGAAAUAAUCUUAGUAAUCAACUACAAAAUAUCUUAAGUAAAGCUACAAACUAAAAAAACUAAAAUCCUUCAGAGUUAAAUAGUAAAAAUCUUCAUGCUACUGGCAAGUAAUUAGUAAAUAUUUAUCAAAUAUAAGAUAUUUUAUAUAAGAUUAACUUUUGUAUUUUUAUACUAAAAAAGGAGAAUGUGUUAACAUUAGCAUGAGGUACAUGCCCUAUCCAAAUUCAUCUUGUAUGACCUGUUGAAAUGAAGAAUGAAGCCUGGGAUCUAUUAUGUGAAUGGACUCAGUUUUCUAUGUGUUUCCUCCAGUGGAUCUGAAGUUUCAAAGCAUAUAUUUUGUUACGUAACAUUAGACAGCACAUUACACUGUACGUGUGAAGCACUUUGUGUCACUGGGAUGUAUUAGCAACGUAUGAUAAAUAACCAGUUGGCGGUGAAUAAUAAAUUGCUAUCGACUGUUUAGAUCAAUAUUCUAAUUCAUAUUUAAUAGAUGCCCAAGGGUUUGUAAACAACUGCCCCACUGCCAUUGCUUUUCCAAUUUUCUGCUAAGAAAUACAUAUAGCUACAGUAUAUAUAAGACGAUAUAGUAUGGUUUGGUGGUGGUGUCCAUCAGACACAUACCUCAUACAUUUAUUUUUCAUGUCUCAAAAUGAGUUCAUUGAAGUAGAAUAGACCCAACACACAUCCGAGCACCAUAUGCUGUGUUAAAACACUGAGAAACGUCCAAAAGAAAAGAACUGUGUAACUGUAUAUAAACUGUACGAUCAUGGAUAUGUUCAUUUAGGGUAUUUUUUUGUAAGCUUUUUUUUCUACUAAAAGCGUUUGAGAGAUCUGAACUGCAUGUAGAUAUCCUCUCAAAGGCUGCAUGCAGAAUCCUCUCUCUGUACGUUCUGUUUACAAGUGUAAGAUAGAUAGAUUUCUGUAUUAAUAAAGAGAUUUUUUUUCGUUCUAUGUGAGUAGAUGGGUCAGUCAGAUACUAUUCACUGUUGUCUGAUCUGUAACAAACCAUUCAAGCAUUCUAGAGUUUAACGUGUCCAAAAAAAUACAAAGUUCAUUAAUGCAACAUAUAGAAUGUAUAUAAAUCUAUCAACGACUUCUUGUGAUAAAACAAUAACGGUGUGAAUGCAAUGUCGACCAAUAGAAAUAUAUCUAUAUGGAGAUGUUAUAAUGCAAACGUUGUUUUAAUGUUGAAAAAACCUCGUCUGGUUGUGUAUGUACAAGAGACUGUUGGUUUUGAAUGUUCUUGUGCUGUUUUUGUGGCUAUUAAAGUGAAUAUCUUCUA